CGCAGUGACGCCCCUGCCCUAGCUCGGGCCCCUCCCGUCCUCCUCCGCCCUCCUCUAUGUCAGUGGCCGGGCCGGAGCCGGGGCCGGACCUUGGGCGGCGGGGCCGGACCUCCGGCAUCGGGCCCAGCUGGCGGGGCUAGAGGGGUGGGCGCGGGCAGGGCUCCGCAGGCCGCGUUGGAUCCGCGUUGUCGUCCCCGCCCGAGGCCCUUGGCGUCCUCCGAUGAGAGGCCGGACGGUUCCGGGCCGCCCCGGCGCUCGCCCAGGUCUGUUCAAAUGAAACGCUGCAGAUGGGCCUUCUGAAGAUAAGGAGAAGGGAAAACAACAUUGAAGACAGAAAAAAAAAUUGGGGCCUUUAGAUGCUGCUCUGGAAAAACCUCAGUAAUGGAUCAAAGGAAGAACGAGAGUAUUGUCCCCAGCAUCACUCAGUUAGAAGAUUUUCUCACAGAACACAAUUCCAACGUUGUCUGGCUCCUUGUUGCUACCAUUUUGUCCUGUGGAUGGAUUAUUUAUCUCACAUAUUAUAAUUCUCGGAAUGUUGGUCUUAUUUUAACAUUGGUUCUUAACAGAUUAUACAAACAUGGCUAUAUCCAUAUUGGCUCCUUUUCUUUCUCUGUUCUUUCUGGAAAAGUCAUGGUUCGUGAAAUCUAUUACAUUACAGAAGACAUGUCUAUUAGAAUUCAAGAUGGAUUUAUAAUUUUUCGGUGGUGGAAAAUGUAUAACCCAAAGCAGAAACAACAUGAUCCGAAGGCAGAAACUAGAUUAUACAUCACAGUCAAUGACUUCGAAUUUCAUGUCUAUAAUCGUUCGGAUCUUUAUGGACGUCUUCAAGAAAUGUUUGGUUUGGAGCCAACAAUAAUUCCACCUAAGAAAGAGGAUGAUAAAACACGGGAAAAUGGAAGGACAAGAACCCAGUCCAAAAUUGAAAGAGUUAAAGUAAAAACGGAAUCUCAAGACCCCACAUCUUCAUGGAGAUCACUUAUUCCAGUCAUAAAAGUCAAUGUGAGCACAGGGCGCUUGGCCUUCGGAAACCAUCACCAGCCUCAGACUCUGUGCAUCAACUUCGACGAUGCUUUCUUAACGUACACCACGAAGCCGCCCUCCAGCCGCCUCGACCAGUUCAUGCAUAUUGUGAAGGGGAAGCUCGAGAACGUCCGCGUCAUGCUUGUUCCUAGUCCCAGAUACGUUGGUCUUCAAAACGAUGAACCACCAAGGCUGAUGGGAGAAGGCUUCGUGGUGAUGCAGUCAAAUGAUGUCGACAUCUACUACUACAUGGACGAGCCAGGACUUGUUCCAGAAGAAACAGAAGAAAAUGUUGAAGGAGAAAUGAGCAGUGAAGAUUGCAAAUUACAAGAUUUGCCUCCAUGUUGGGGACUGGAUAUAGUUUGUGGUAAAGGAACAGAUUUCAACUACGGGCCGUGGGCCGACAGGCAGAGAGACUGUUUAUGGAAGUUUUUCUUCCCACCUGACUAUCAAGUCUUGAAAGUUUCCGAAGUGGCACAGCCUGGGGGACCUCGCCAGAUCCUCGCCUUUGAACUGCGAAUGAAUAUUAUUGCAGAUGCUACAAUUGACUUGCUCUUUACCAAAAACAGGGAAACCAAUGCUGUACAUGUAAAUGUAGGAGCCGGCUCCUAUUUAGAAAUUAAUAUUCCAAUGACAGUUGAGGAAAACGGUUAUACCCCUGCGAUUAAAGGACAGCUCUUACAUGUCGACGCCACGACCAGCAUGCAGUACCGGGCACUUCUAGAAGCAGAAAUGUUAGCGUUCCACAUCAAUGCCAGCUACCCCCGAACCUGGAACAUGCCACAGACAUGGCAGUGUGAAUUAGAGGUUUAUAAAGCCACCUACCACUUCAUUUUUGCGCAGAAGAACUUCUUCACAGAUUUAAUUCAAGAUUGGUCUAGUGAUAGUGCUCCAGACAUUUUUUCAUUUGUACCAUAUACGUGGAAUUUUAAAAUCAUGUUUCAUCAGUUCGAGAUGAUUUGGGCUGCUAACCAACACAACUGGAUUGAUUGUUCCACUAAACAACAGGAAAAUGUGUAUCUGGCAGCCUGUGGGGAAACACUGAAUAUCGAUUUCUCUCUGCCUUUUACAGACUUCGUCCCCGCUACAUGCAACACCAAGUUCUCCCUUAGAGGAGAAGAUGUUGAUCUCCAUUUGUUUCUGCCAGAUUGCCACCCUAGUAAAUACUCACUGUUUAUGCUGGUAAGGAAUUGCCACCCAAGUAAAAUGACUCACGAUGCUGGUAUUCCUGCCGAGUGUCACGGUGGCCAGAAAACCGUUAAGCCAAAAUGGCGGAACAUCACUCAGGAAAAAGCUGGUUGGGUCGAAUGCUGGACUGUCCCAAGCGUCAUGCUUACCAUUGAUUAUACAUGGCAUCCAAUUUAUCCACAAAAAGCAGAUGAACAGCUAAAACAGUCACUGUCAGAAAUGGAAGAGACGAUGCUGUCCGUGUUAAGGCCGUCGCAGAGAGUGUCGGACAGGGCGGUCCCCUCUCCCUCCUCCUCGUCACGCCCCCCUGUCGAUCCCUCAGAACUGCCGCCCGAUAAGCUCCACGUGGAAAUGGAACUUUCCCCCGAUUCUCAGAUAACUCUCUAUGGACCUCUGUUAAAUGCCUUUUUGUGUAUAAAGGAAAACUACUUUGGGGAAGAUGACAUGUAUAUGGAUUUCGAAGAGGUGGUUUCAAGUCCCGUUCUGUCACUGACGACGUCGUCCAGCUCUGGCUGGACUGCCGUCGGAAUGGAGAAUGAUAAAAAGGAAAGCGAAAGUUCGGCCAAGCCCACCCAUCCGCUGGCCCUGCGUCCUUGGGAUAUCACUGUCCUUGUGAACUUGUACAGAGUGCACGGGCGUCUUCCUGUUCACGGAACCACCGAUGGUCCUGAAUGUCCCACGGCUUUCUUGGAAAGACUAUGCUUUGAAAUGAAGAAAGGAUUUAGGGAGACCAUGCUGCAGCUUGUCCUGUCUCCCCUGACCGUGUGUGUCAGCGACAACUAUCAGCAGCGACCCCCGGUGGACGAGGUGCUCAGGGAGGGGCACAUCAGCUUGUCCGGUCUCCAGCUGCGAGCGCAUGCCAUGUUCUCGGCAGAAGGUCUUCCUUUGGGAAAUGAUUCGUUGGAAUACGCGUGGCUGAUCGAUGUGCAGGCUGGGAGCCUGACGGCUAAGGUCACGGCCCCACAGCUGGCUUGUCUCUUGGAGUGGGGGCAGACAUUUGUUUUUCACGUGGUAUGUCGGGAGUAUGAACUGGAAAGACCCAAAUCAGUAAUAAUAUGUCAGCAUGGAAUUGAUCGUCGGUUCUGUGAAUCCAAGUUGAGUUGUAUUCCUGGACCUUGUCCAACCUCAGAUGACUUGAAAUACACUAUGACCCGUCUAGCAGUCGACGGGGCCGAUGUUUACAUUGUGGAGCAUGGCUGCGCUACAAACGUAAAGAUGGGUGCGGUUCGGGUUGCGAACUGUAACCUCCACAACCAGUCGGUUGGGGAAGGGAUAAGCGCUGCAAUUCAAGACUUUCAAGUGAGACAGUGCAUCGAACAGCCGAGUAACCCCAGGGCGGGGCUUCAGCCCGCGCUGCUGCGGAGGGCCCACUGGCUCGAAGCGGGGUCGGCCAGCCUGGGGCUCGUAACUGUUGACGUCGCAUUGGCUGCGGAUCACCAUUCUAAACAUGAGGCACAGAGGCAGUUCUUAGAAACUCAUGAUGCCAGAACCAAGAGGUUGUGGUUUUUGUGGCCAGAUGACACCGUGAAGAAUAAGAGGAGCCGGAACAAGUGUGGUUGUCUCGGUGGCUGCAGAUUUUUUGGUGGCACAGUAACAGGCCUAGAUUUCUUCAAACUUGAGGAGUCGACACCUUCCAGCAGCUCUGCGUUUUCAAGCACAAGCGCGGAGUCUGACAUGUAUUAUGGACAGUCUCUGCUACAGCCUGGAGAAUGGAUUAUUACCAAGGAAAUUCCCAAAAUCGUAGACGGUACCGUGAGCGGCACGAAGAGGAGGGACUGGGAAGCCAGGUCGGCGGGCGCCGAGGCCGAGCGGAAGGCGCAGCCGCGCGGCCUGCAGGUGCCGUCCCGCUCCCACAGCUCGUCCUCGUCGUCCGAGGAGAACAGCGGCUCCAGCGCCGCGCAGCCGCUGCUGGCCGGCGAGAGGGACAGUCCCUCCUGUGCUGCCGACGGCCGCGUGCUCCAGAAGGAGUUCCUGCAGGGCGCGAAGAGAGAGGACGGCCGUGCGAGCAUCCCCGCGGACAUUCCUGGAAGCAGCCCCGUGUCCCCCAGUGCUCAGGACCAGUCCGUCGGCCAGUCUCCCCUGAGGUCCCCCUUGAAGCGACAGGCCUCCGUGUGUUCCACCCGACUUGGAAGUACCAAGAGCCUGACCGCUGCCUUUUAUGGGGACAAGCAGCCUGUGACGGUUGGAGUCCAGUUUAGUAGCGAUGUCUCCAGGAGUGAUGAGAAUGUUCUAGACUCACCGAAGCAGAGAAGAAGUUUUGGUUCAUUUCCGUACACGCCAUCAGCGGACUCCAAUUCGUUUCACCAGUAUCGAUCCAUGGAUUCCAGCAUGUCCAUGGCUGACAGUGAGGCCUACUUUUCUGCAGCUGAGGAGUUCGAGCCCAUUAGCAGUGACGAAGGGCCUGGAACUUACCCAGGAAGGAAAAAGAAGAAAAAGCAAACUCAGCAGCUCGACUACAGUAGGGGUUCCAUAUAUCACAGUGUGGAAGGGCCCCUGAGCGGCCACGGGGAGAGCGUGCAGGGCCCCCGGACCCUGCCGUUCAAAGCCCACCCCUCCCAGGCCUCCUUUGUGUCCGCGGUGGGAGGGGAGGAGGUCGUGGAGCACCUGUACCCCGCGGAAGGCGAGAAAACGGGAGACAGCGAGCAGGUGAUGUCUCAGCAGCCGGCGAUGAACUGCUACCAGACCUACCUCACUCAGUUCCAGGUGAUUAACUGGUCGGCGAAGCACCCGACCAACAAAAGGACCUCCAAGUCCUCGCUGCAUCGCCCCCUCGACCUGGACACGCCGACCAGCGAGGAGAGCGCCUCAUCCCUGGAGCAGCUGUCCAUCCCAGCUUUUAAGGUUAUCAAACAGGGACUCACAGCUAAUUCUUUACUAGACAGAGGAAUGCAAUUUUCAGGAUCAACUUCAAACACACCGUACACGCCUCUGGAAAGGAAAGCCGCCGAGAACACAGAUGACGAAACGCUAACGGAAGAGUGGACCCUGGACCAGCCCGUCUCUCAGACCAGAACCACGGCCAUCGUGGAAGUGAAAGGGACUGUGGACAUCGUCCUGACUCCCCUGGUGGCUGAAGCCUUAGACAGGUAUAUCGAAGCGAUGGUUCAUUGUGCCAGCACCCGACACCCGGCCGCGAUCGUGGACGAUCUUCACGCCAAAGUCCUCAGGGCGGCUGUGCAGAGCAGCAAGACUACCUUCUCAGAAAACUUAUCUUCCAAACAAGACGUGAGAGCAUCCAAAACCGAGCACUCCACCGUGGGAACGACCCAGCGAGGACCGGCUCAGACGAAUCUCAGUCUCACAGCGAAGCAGGAUAAUGUCACGAUUAAAGGCCUCCAGGCUAACGUUAGCAUACCAAAGGUGAACUUGUGUUUGUUGCAAGCCUCAGUGGAAGAAUCUCCAAGCACAGCUCCUGGUAGAAGUGUGACUCACGUGUCCCUGGUUGCAUUGUGUUUCGACAGAAUCGCGACACAAGUUCGUAUGAACAGAGGUGUGGUUGAAGAGACUGCAAACAGUGCAGAACCCAGCAGAACGUCGCAUUUCGAUAGGUAUGUCCACGCCACCAAGAUGCAGCCGCAGUCAUCUGGAUCGCUCAGAUCAAAUGCCGGAGCGGAAAAAGGCAAAGAAAUUGCUGCCAAGUUAAACAUUCAUCGAGUUCACGGACAGCUCAGGGGUCUAGACACAACAGAUAUUGGUACCUGUGCCAUCACUGCUAUUCCCUUUGAGAAGUCCAAAGUUUUAUUUACUCUUGAAGAGUUGGAUGAGUUUACUUUUGUGGAUGAAACUGAUCAGCAGGCUGUUCCAGAUGUAACUCGAAUAGGUCCCAGCCAAGAAAAAUGGGGUUGGAUAAUGUUUGAAUGUGGACUUGAAAAUUUAACCAUAAAAGGAGGGAGACAGUCCGGAGCUGUGUUAUAUAAUACUUUUGGGAUGAUGGGUAAAGCUAGUGGCGUGGAAAGGGCUGGGGUGCUGACGUCCAAUAAUUCUUCGGAUUCUCCGACCGGCAGCGGCUACAACACCGAUGUCUCCGACGAUAAUUUGCCUUGUGACCGAACAAGCCCUUCUUCAGACUUAAAUGGGAAUUCCGUUUCAGAUGAGCAGGAUGAGGGAGUAGAGUCCGAUGACUUAAAGAAAGACCUGCCUCUCAUGCCUCCGCCUCCGGACUCCUGCAGCAUGAAGCUGACCAUCCGGGAGAUCUGGUUCAGCUUUGCCGCCCCCACCAAUGUGCGGUCUCCCGCACACGCCUUUUCCAGGCAGCUGAACCUCUUAAGCACUGCGACUCCAGCUGUCGGCGCAUGGCUUGUUCCCAUUGAUCAACUCAAGUCAUCCUUGAACAAAUUAGACACGGAGGGGACGUUGAGAGUGUGUGCUGUCAUGGGAUGCAUAAUGACUGAAGCAUUAGAGAAUAAAAGUGUGCAUUUUCCCCUAAGAAGUAAAUACAACAGACUUACAAAAGUUGCCCGCUUUCUCCAAGAAAAUCCUUCAUGUUUGCUGUGCAAUAUACUACACCACUACCUGCACCAGGCCAAUUACUCCGUCAUCGACGAUGCUACGAUGAGUGACGGACUGCCUGCCCUGGUCACUUUGAAGAAGGGUUUAGUCGCGCUGGCACGGCAGUGGAUGAAGUUCAUCGUGGUGACGCCGGCCUUCAAAGGAGUCAGCUUGCACCGGCCAGCGCAGCCGCUGAAGCCCCAGUCGGCCGUGGACCACGAGCAGGAAGAUGGGCUGGGGCUGGACAGCGGCGGCGGCCUGCAGAGUGACACCAGCGCCGAUGGGGCGGAAUUCGAAUUCGAUGCAGCCACAGUCAGUGAGCACACGAUGCUGCUGGAAGGGACGGCCACUCGGCCUCCGGCGGGCGGCUCUGGGCCUGUGACUGGAGCCGAGAUCAUGAGGAAGCUUUCUAAGACUCAUACCCACAGCGACUCUGCAUUAAAAAUAAAGGGCAUCCACCCGUACCACUCUCUGAGCUACACCAGCGGCGACACGGCCACGGACUCGCCGGUGCACGUGGGCCGUGCCGGCCCGCCGGUCAAGGAGAGCCCCAGGAAGGAGAGCCUGCUCAGCUACCUGACCGGGAGCUUCCCGAGCCUGCACAACCUGCUGGAGGGGACCCCCCAGAGGAGCAGCGCGGCUGCCAAGAGCAGCUCCCUCACGAGGACAGGCAACACGAUGGCCACUGACAUGUUGUCUGAACACCCCCUGCUCUCUGAGCCGUCGUCGGUGAGCUUCUACAACUGGAUGUCCAACGCCGUGGGCAACCGAGGAGGCGGGGUCCAGGAGUCCCCCGUGACGAAGUCAGGACACGGCAGCCUUCCCACAGGUGUCGCACCCAACCUUCCCACAAUACCGUCGGCCUCAGAUUUCAACACCGUCCUGUCCAGCGACCAGAACACCCUGGCUGGGACGCACUCUCAGCACAGCACGAGCCAGGACGACGUGGCCGGCGUGGAAGAGGCCAACCAGGGCUUCCCUGCCGUUCAGCUGGCCGACGCGCAGGUGGUUUUCAAACCUCUCCUGAGUCACACGGGGAUCCAGUCUCAGGACACGAUGCCGCUGUGCUACCGGAUGUACUUUGGAGAGCACCUGUCGUUUUCGGGGACUUUGGACUGCCUCCGGGCAGACAUCGUGGAUUCGGACACAGCCAAGGAGAGGAAAGGCAAAAGGGCGAGAAGGCAAGGACACGUGAAUCUCCCUCCGCUGGAGUUCAAGCCGGCGCUGAUGCUGGAGACCUUCAGCAUCAGCGCGGUGGUGAUGGAGAGGUCGGUGUGCGCCCCGCAGGGCUCGGCUGGCGCGCUCCCCUUUCACGACCUCAGCAAGCGCUACUACAGCACCUUCCACUGCAACUUCACCAUUUCCUGCCAGUCCAUCAGCCAGCACGUCGACAUGGCUUUGGUCCGCCUCAUCCACCAGUUCAGCACGAUGAUAGACGACAUCAAAGCCACGCAGACUGACAUCAAACUGAGCAGGUACACCGCCGGAUCCGCCUCCCCCACCCCCACCUUCAAGACCAGGAAACACCGGGAUUUCCGCUCGUCCGACUUCAGCCGCAGCUCGAGAGGAAGUCUCAACGGUGGCAACCGAGUAAAUAACGCGAAGAACAAACGGACCAGCAGUGAGAAUAACAAAAAGGAAUCUCGCAACAAAAACUCGUUAGGGAGAUCGGAGCGGAGAACUUCGAAAGUGUCCAGAAAAGGCUCCAAGGAUGUGGUGGACCACAUGACCAUCCACAUGGACGACUCGGAUUCCAUCACCGUGUCGGAGCAGAGCGAGCCCUCGGCCGAGUGCUGGCAGAACAUGUACAAACUGCUCAACUUCUAUUCGCUUAUCUCCGACCCGACAGGAAUACUGGAGAAAUCUUCCGAAACGUUUGGACCGGCCGGAGUUCGGAGCCCGACGGAGCCCACGUGCAGAGUGGUGUUUGAGAACGAGCAGGAUGGCGGCAGUGUGACUAAGACACAGAGGAAGCGCAGCCUGGUGACCGCAGAGCCGCAGCACGUCACCCUGAUCGUGUUCGGGAUCGGCAUGGUGAACCGGACGCACCUGGAGGCGGACAUCGGCGGGCUGACCAUGGAGUCGGAGCUCAAGAGGAUCCACGGCAGCUUCACCCUCAAGGAGAAGAUGAAAGAUGUUCUACAUCAAAAGAUGACUGAGACAUGUGCCACUGCUCAUAUUGGUGGCGUAAAUAUUGUGCUGCUUGAAGGGAUUACACCAAAUAUACAACUGGAGGAUUUUCCUACGUCUCCUACAAGCACAGCCAAACAAGAGUUUCUAACUGUGGUGAAAUGCAGCAUCGCCAAGUCCCAAGCCCUGUACAGCGCCCAGCGGGGGCUGAGGACUAACAACGCUGCCGUGUUCAAAGUCGGGGCCAUCAGCAUCAACAUCCCCCAGCACCCGGCCACGCUGCACAGCAUGAUGGUCCGAAGCUCGCACCAGCUGUCCAAGCAGAUCUCCGACCUCAUCCGACAGCCUUCGUCACUCCCGCAGCCUGCAAAAGAAGAUAUUGCAACCCCCCUCCCUUCUGAAAAAACUCCGACAAGUGUUAAUCAAACGCCUGUUGAAACAAACGAGUUUCCUCAGCUACCGGAAGGCUUGGAAAAGAAGCCUCUCGUUCUUAAAUUCAGCGCCAUGCUCGAUGGCAUAGCGAUUGGGGCAGCGCUUCUGCCGUCUCUGAAAGCGGAGUACAAGAUGGGGAGGAUGAGGAGUCACGGAAUGACAGGUGCACAGACCAGGUUUACUUUUGAGCUGCCAAAUCACAGACUGCGUUUCACUUCAAAAGUUUCUGCCACAGAUAUGUCGACCAUUCCUCCUUCUGCCAGUCUCAACCUCCCCCCCGUGACCAUGUCCGGAAAGUACGUGAUGGAAGAGCAUGACAGCUACUCAGACCAGGUGUGGAGUGUGGACGAGCUGCCUUGCAAACAAGGCUACUACCUGCAGGGGAAUUACCUGCGCUGUGUGGCAGAAGUUGGUUCUUUUGAACAUAAUCUCACAACUGAUCUUCUAAACCACUUGGUGUUUGUGCAGAAAGUAUUCAUGAAGGAAGUUAACGAAGUAAUACAAAAAGUGUCUGGUGGGGAGCAGCCGAUUCCUCUCUGGAAUGAACACGAUGGAACAGCAGAUGGAGAUAAGCCUAAAAUUCUACUCUAUUCCCUGAACUUGCAAUUUAAGGGUAUUCAAGUGACAGCUACAACUCCUUCAAUGAGAGCUGUGAGAUUUGAGACUGGGUUGAUUGAACUUGAACUUUCCAACCGGCUUCAAACCAAAGCUUCACCAGGAAGUAGCAGCUAUCUGAAACUGUUCGGUAAAUGCCAAGUGGAUUUAAAUCUGGCAUUAGGACAGAUUGUCAAACAUCAGGUUUAUGAGGAAGCUGGUUCUGAUUUUCAUCAAGUUGCCUAUUUUAAAACCAGAAUAGGAUUAAGAAAUGCCCUCCGAGAAGAAAUCAGUGGUUCUUCAGAUAGAGAAGCCGUGCUUAUCACCCUGAAUAGACCGAUCGUGUAUGCCCAGCCAGUGGCCUUCGACAGAGCUGUGCUGUUUUGGCUGAAUUAUAAGGCUGCCUAUGACAAUUGGAAUGAACAACGAAUGGCUUUACAUAAGGAUAUUCACAUGGCUACAAAGGAAGUCGUGGAUAUGCUGCCUGGUAUCCAGCAAACCUCUGCCCAGGCCUUUGGGACUCUCUUCCUGCAGCUCACUGUGAACGAUCUGGGAAUUUGCCUGCCUAUCACAAACACCGCGCAGUCUAAUCACUCUGGCGACCUUGACACUGGCUCAGCGUUGGUGUUGACCAUCGAAAGUACUCUCAUCACCGCUUGCUCUUCAGAAUCCCUGGUUAGCAAAGGGCACUUCAAAAGCUUUUGCAUCCGUUUUGCUGAUGGCUUUGAGACGUCCUGGGACGACUGGAAGCCGGAGAUUCGCGGGGACCUGGUGAUGAAUGCCUGCGUGGUUCCAGAUGGCACCUACGAAGUAUGUUCCAGGACUACAGGCCAAGCAGCCGCUGAAAGCAGCAGUGCGGGGACCUGGACACUGAACGUGCUGUGGAAGAUGUGUGGGAUCGACGUCCACAUGGACCCCAACAUCGGCAAGAGGCUCAACGCCCUGGGCAACACGCUCACCACGCUGACCGGGGAGGAGGACAUCGACGACAUCGCGGACCUGAACUCCGUGAACAUAGGCGACCUGUCGGAUGAGGACGAAGUGGACACUAUGUCUCCUACUGUCCAUACGAGCUCAGAUGGAAGCUCUGUAAGUGGAGACGGCCACAAGCUCACCUUCGGGCAGCGACUUGUAAAUCACCUACUAGGCCUGACGCCCCCGCAUCAGCGCCAUUCUGUUCCUGCAGAGUAUCUGUGUGACCCCGACACGGGGGGCUCCCGUCAGGCUAGCCAGUCCUAUUUGAAAGUAUGCAGAGCCCACUCAUGGGGAAACGAACCUGUGGAGUAUCGAAGACCAGGAGCGUCCUGCGGGCCGCCGGGGGAGCUGAGAGGCAGGAAGACGGUGAAGCGCCUGGUGGACAUCAGGGAGCUGAACGAGCAGGCCAGAGUCAUAGACGACCUGAAAAAAUUAGGUGCUAGCGAAGGAACCAUAAACCAAGAAAUUCAGCGUUACCAGCAGUUAGAAUCUGUCGCUGUGAAUGACAUUCGAAGAGACGUCCGCAAAAAGCUGCGGAGGUCCAGCAUGCGAGCUGCUUCCCUGAAGGAUAAGUGGGGUUUGGGGUACAAACCAAGUUACAACCGAUCGAAAAGCAUUACUGCUUCUGGAAGACCACCUCUUAAGCGAAUGGAAAGGGCAAGUUCUCGAGUGGGAGAAACCGAGGAGCUCCCGGAAGUGCGCGUGGAUGCCGCGUCUCCUGGGCCCAGAGUGACCUUCAGCAUCCAAGACACAUUGAAAAACACAAUAUGGGGAAGCACACCACAAUCCAGCUGUCCUGGGGAAGGGUAUUUUCAGUUUCCGGAAGAGACGGAACUGGACCUCCUGUCAGUAACCGUGGAAGGGUCGGCCCACUACCCGUCAGCCAGCGAAGGGCCGCGCUCCGUGUUCGGGACUCCCAAAACCCCAGCAGCCUUUUCACCGGGCCUCGCCUUCCAACCCGAGGAGGGCCGCCGGGAUGACAGCCUGUCGUCCACCAGCGAGGACUCGGACAAGGACGAGAAGGACGACGACCACGAGAGGGAGAGGUUUUACAUUUACAGGAAACCCUCACAUACUUCUCGUAAAAAAGCGACGGGCUUUGCCGCUGUCCAUCAGCUGUUUACAGAGCGCUGGCCAACAGCGCCAGUCACCCGCGGUCUUAGUGGCACAGCGACAGAGAGAAACAUCGACUUCGAACUUGAUAUUCGGGUUGAAAUCGAUAGUGGAAAAUGCGUGCUCCACCCAACCACCCUUCUUCAAGAACAUGAUGAUAUCAGCUUGAGAAGGAGUUACGAUAGAAGUUCCAGGAGUUUAGAUCAAGAUUCUCCUUCAAAAAAGAAGAAGUUUCAAACUAAUUAUGCUUCUACCACCCAUUUAAUGACUGGCAAGAAAGUGCCAUCAUCUCUACAGACAAAGCCUAGUGACUUAGAAACGACGGUGUUUUACAUCCCCGGAGUCGAUGUGAAGUUGCAUUACAAUUCCAAGACGCUAAAGACUGAGUCACCCAAUGCGUCCAGAGGAUCCUCCUUGCCAAGGACACUGUCUAAAGAGUCCAAGCUGUAUGGUAUGAGAGAGAGUGCGGCACCUCCUUCUCCUCCUUUACCUCACACUGUCCAGGGCAAGACUAACACCUUGCUUCCUCCCCAACCCCCACCUCUGCCCUCAGCCAAAGGAAAAGGAAGCGGAGGGGUGAAAACCGCCAAGCUGUACGCCUGGGUGGCACUUCAGUCCCUGCCGGAGGAGAUGGUCAUCAGCCCCUGCCUGCUGGACUUCCUGGAGAAGGCCCUGGAGACCAUCCCAAUCACGCCCAUCGAAAGGAAUUACGCAGCUGUGAGCUCCCGAGAUGAAGAUGUGGGCCACUUCGAAAUCCCGGACCCUAUGGAGGAGUCGACCGCGUCCCUGGUGUCGUCCUCCACGUCCGCGUACGCGUCCUUCCCCGUGGACGUCGUGGUGUACGUGCGAGUCCAGCCCUCGCAGAUCAAGUUCAGCUGUUUGCCGGUGUCAAGAGUGGAAUGCAUGCUGAAGCUGCCGUCCCUGGACUUGGUGUUCUCUUCCAACCGGGGAGAACUGGAGACUUUAGGGACCACGUGUCCUGCAGAGACUUUGUCCCCUGGUGGGGGCGCUGCGGCUCAGAGCGGAGCCAAGGCCUCUGCUAGCAAAGCUGGGACGCCAGGGUCGUCAGCACUGGGCAGCCCCCUUGGCAGAAGCCGGCACAGCAGCAGCCAGUCAGAUCUGAGCACUCCCAGCAGCAGCUCGUCUGGUCUGAGCUUCACCGCGUGCAUGUCCGACUUCUCUCUCUACGUGUUCCACCCCUACGGAGCAGGGAAGCAGAAGACCACCGUGUCCGGCCUCACGCCAGGAUCCGGAGGGCUAGGGAAUGUGGACGAAGAACCCACUUCAGUCACUGGUCGAAAAGAUUCACUGAGUAUAAACCUUGAGUUUGUGAAAGUGAGUUUGUCUCGGAUAAGGCGUUCAGGAGGUGCCUCAUUCUUUGAAAGUCAGUCCGUAAACAAGCCUGCAAGCAAAAUGGACACCACACUAAUAAAUAUCUCCGCCGUCUGUGACAUAGGGUCUGCUUCCUUUAAAUAUGACAUGCGCCGACUCAGCGAAAUUCUGGCAUUUCCAAGAGCCUGGUACCGGAGAAGUAUUGCAAGACGCCUAUUCCUUGGAGACCAAACUAUAAAUCUGCCCACCUCUGGCCCGGGGACACCUGACUCCAUUGAGGGGGUGAGCCAGCACCUGUCCCCUGAAUCAUCGAGAAAGGCUUACUGCAGGGCCUGGGAGCAGCCUAGUCAGUCAGCCUCCUUCACCCACAUGCCUCAGUCACCCAACGUGUUCAAUGAGCAUAUGACAAACAGCACCAUGUCACCGGGGACAGCAGCACAGAGCCUAAAAUCCCCAGCUUCCAUAAGAUCCAGGAGCGUGUCUGAUUCUUCAGUUCCCAGAAGAGAUUCACUUUCAAAAACAUCAACUCCUUUUAACAAAUCAAACAAAACAGCGAGUCAGCAGGGGACGCCGUGGGAAACACUUGUUGUGUUUGCUAUCAACUUGAAGCAAUUAAACGUUCAAAUGAAUAUGAGCAAUGUAAUGGGAAACACAACGUGGACAACGAGUGGUUUGAAGAGCCAGGGCCGUCUGUCGGUGGGAAGUAACCGAGACCGGGAGAUAAGCAUGUCCGUCGGUCUGGGCCGGUCACAGUUAGAUUCUAAAGGAGGAGUAGUUGGAGGGACCAUAGAUGUCAAUGCUUUGGAGAUGGUUGCUCAUAUUUCUGAACAUCCAAAUCAGCAGCCCAGUCACAAAAUUCAGAUCACCAUGGGUUCUACCGAAGCCCGGGUCGAUUACAUGGGCUCAAGCAUCCUCAUGGGCAUCUUCAGUAAUGCUGACCUCAGGCUGCAGGACGAGUGGAAAGUGAACCUGUACAACGCACUGGAUUCAAGCAUAACCGAUAAAAGGUGUGAAAUUUUUGUCCAUGGAGAUUUGAAGUGGGAUAUUUUCCAAGUGAUGAUAUCAAGGUCAACCACACCAGACCUGAUAAAAAUAGGGAUGAAGCUCCAGGAAUUCUUCACGCAGCAGUUUGACACCAGCAAACGAGCUCUGUCCACCUGGGGGCCAGUCCCUUAUCUCCCACCCAAGACAAUGGCAAAUAACUUCGAGAAAAGUUCACAAGAACAAUUGCUCGACGCAGCCCAUCACCGGCACUGGCCCGGAGUGCUGGAGGUGGUAUCCGGAUGCCACAUCUCCUUGUUUCAGAUUCCUCUACCGGAAGAUGGGAUGCAGUUUGGGGGCUCCAUGAGCUUACAUGGAAACCAUAUGACACUAGCCUGUUUUCAUGGUCCAAAUUUCCGUUCAAAAUCCUGGGCCCUUUUUCACUUAGAAGAACCAAAUAUUGCUUUUUGGACCGAAGCUCAGAAAAUCUGGGAAGAUGGCUCUAGCGAUCAUUCUACCUAUAUUGUACAAACACUGGAUUUUCAUCUGGGCCAUAACACCAUGGUUACCAAACCAUGUGGCGCUUUGGAAAGUCCUAUGGCAACAAUAACCAAGAUAACAAGGCGUCGCCAUGAAAACCCACCCCAUGGAGUGGCCAGUGUGAAGGAAUGGUUCAAUUACGUUACAGCCACAAGGAAUGAAGAGCUAAACCUGCUUCGUAAUGUUGAUGCUAAUAACCCUGAGAAUAGCACUAUGGUGAAGAAUUCCAGUUUGCUGAGCGGAUUCAGAGGAGGUUCUAGCUACAAUCACGAAACAGAGACUAUCUUCGCGUUACCAAGGAUGCAGCUCGACUUCAAAUCCAUUCACGUUCAAGAGCCCCAAGAGCCUUCAUUACAGGAUGCCAACCUGAAGCCAAAGGUAGAAUGCAGCGUGGUGACAGAGUUCACUGACCACAUCUGUGUGACUAUGGAUGCUGAGCUCAUCAUGUUUCUCCAUGACUUAGUGUCGGCUUAUCUUAAAGAAAAAGAAAAAGCUAUUUUUCCACCUCGGAUUUUAUCUACUCGACCAGGACAGAAAAGUCCAAUUAUUAUACAUGAUGACAAUUCCUCUGACAAAGACAGAGAAGACAGCAUCACUUACACUACUGUGGACUGGAGAGAUUUUAUGUGUAACACGUGGCAUCUAGAGCCCACUCUUAGAUUAAUUUCUUGGACUGGAAGAAAGAUUGAUCCAGUAGGCGUUGAUUAUAUACUUCAAAAGUUGGGCUUUCAUCAUGCCAGGACUACUAUUCCCAAAUGGCUUCAGAGAGGAGUCAUGGACCCACUGGACAAGGUUCUGUCGGUUCUUAUCAAAAAACUCGGUACUGCACUGCAGGAUGAAAAGGAAAAGAAAGGAAAAGACAAAGAAGAACACUAAGACAGCAACUUGAUCUGUGAACAAAUUAUCCGUUAAGUUUUAUUACACUGAAGUGUAUUUUUUUUUUUGUAUAAUAAAAUUAUUUAAAAUAUAACUUUAAAAUAAUUCUAAUUUUGUGGCCAUUAAAGGUUUACAAGUUAACCUGUUUAUUUUAGUUCCACUGUUCUGGAUACAGUGAAGUAUUGCAUGAUAAUGUAAAUUUUGUGAAAAACUAGAUUAAAAUAUAUCCAUCUCAGUAGGGUUUAUAAUUGUAUUAUGUGCAAUAUGAUUCCUGCAUCUUAAAAUAUUUUCAGAAUAACUGUGAAUUUCCUGUUAUUGGCCAUAACUUUUAGAAAAAAAUCUUGUUGAUAAUGUGAUUUUUUUUUGGUAAUUAAUUGCAUUUUCUUUUUUUAAAAUAUAGACUUGUAUAAAUACCUAUUUGUAUAUAGUUUGAGUAAUUGUGAUAUGAUUAAAUACCACUAAAAUAUUGUUUGUAACUAUUGUAAUAAAGUCACAAUAAUUGGUUUCA